AGGGCAGCACAGGUGCAGUGGUCAGUAAUUCCAGUGUGACCCUUUCAAAUGGGGCAGCUGACGCCACAGAGGCUAAAGCUAAUCCCAGCGGCUUAGACUGGCAUCAUGGUGAGAAGCACUUAAUGGCAGCACAGAAGAAGGUGGAUGAAGUGACAGCAACUACAGCACAGACCCCUAAGGAGUCUAUGGACCCCACACCUCUGCCCAACAAGAAGGACCCCACAGAUCAAGAUCAAACAUCUAUGGAGGGCACAGGGUGUCUGAUGGAAACAGGCCGUGAUCCAUCAGGAAGACACCAUCAGGAAAACACCACAAGAGACAAGGAAUCAAAUGAGGAACCUGGGGAUACUGUAAUUUGGAGGGAAACUGAUGCAGAGAAAGACAAACAUCCAAAAGAAAUUCCUCCAAAUGUUGACGCAAACUCUGACAAUGUGACACAUUUUGACAAAGAGGGAGACAAAACAAAAUCUGAGGAUAUUUGUGGUCUUACAAAGACAGAGUCAAAAUUAAUUUCAGAAAAUGUCAACUGUGACAGCAUGGGGACAAAUGUACCAACACCGCCUGGUCUCAGUGUGAAAGAUGAUGAUUUCGAGUCCUGCAAAUGCAACCACAACAAGACAGAUUCAGCAACCAAUCAGCCACAGGUAGUGGGGACUCCUGCAGAGAUGACCACUGAUGACCAAGAGCAUAUUGACAACAGAUCUUUGGACUAUAACCUCACAAAGAAUGACUGGGCAAGGAGAGAGAGCGGCAACACACAACUGCCCCAACUCCCCACCUCCGAAGGCUCUGAGGAGACAAUGACGAAGGGAGAGCAGGGAGAUGGAAGCAGGAGAAUAGCUACUGAUAUCCAACAAGGACAGCAGCUGCUUCAGCGUCUUCAACUGGUGCAGCAACGACAGGAUGGGCAUAUGUCAGAGAGUCCUGCUACCUCCCAGCCGGUUGCCCAAGAAACGAGAGGUGAGGGAAAGGUUGUGUUUGAGAAAGAAGUGGAUGAUUUGUCCACAGGAGAAGCAAAAGUGACAGGUGGAGAUAAGAGGGAAGAGGGCAGCAUUCACACCGUUAUGGACGAGGGAGCAAAGACAAACCAGAUGGAAAAGGAAAAGAAAGAAGAGGAUGACAGUAAAGACGGUGAAAAAACAAGGCGGUCUUUGUCCACAUUGCCUGAAAAGCCACAGGAUCAGAGGACUGUCACAACAGAAGCUGAACAGAAGCAAAGUGACAGCUGGGUGCCUGCAGAUUUGUCUCCAAUCAAUCCCCAUGAAUUCACAGAAAUUCACAAUUUAUCUGCCCAACACAGGUUCUCAGCUGCUGAAACCUCCAUGGAGAGGCAGAUUCAAGAAGCAGCCCAGGGGAAGCAAAACCUGCAGAGAGCUGGGGGUACCUUCAAUCUUGCAGAGAAUCCAGAUGUACUGGAGAUUCCUUUUAAGACCAAUAUCUCGCUUGAGCCACUCCCCCCCAAGGCUGGCCAAGACCAAAGCAGUGACUGGCAGGUCUCUGAGGAGAAGAUACAGGAGACAAGUCCAGAGAUUCAGAAAGAACUGAUGCCAGUCAACCAGGGGAAGAUCCUAGGAGGGUACAGCAAAGGCGACGUCCACCAGUUAAAGGAGACAAAACUGCUGUUUGAGGCUUUCCAGCAGGAUAACACAGAGGGUCCAACAAGGAACAGGAAACUCCCUACCUCAAUGACAAGAGGUCAUGUUUAUCCCUCUGUGCUGGAGCGCACACAUAGCCUAGAGAUGUUUUCCCUCAAAAGCUGCCUGGUGUCCAGAGCACAUUCCCUCAGGCUGUAUGAAUCUGCGAUCUCUGACAGGGAGAAAAGUCCUGAGAACCUAAGAUCAAAGAGCCCAACUGGGUGUUCACGAGAUAAAACACACUUAUUCCCUUACCCAAAACAAGACAAGCACCUGCGCCUGUACAGAAGCAUGGACUCCAUAAGCACUGAUGUCUCCACGUCAGCUGCGGAGACUAGGAGCAAAACAAGGGACAGAAAUGCAAGACAAGGGUCUCCCAUCCUCAAACAAAACCCCUUCUUCAAAUUGCGCCCAGCCCUAGCUCUGCAGCCGGAGGUAGAGAAGGACAUCAGGGAGGCCAAGGAGAGAGAGGAGGAGCUGCGCAGACAGAGAUGCACUCUGUACGGAGAGAACAGGCAGAAUAACCAAGAGGAGGAAAAGUCACAAUUCACAGAGAUACUCGUCCCAGAUGUCAGAAAACAGUCCAGGGGAAAACUGGAACGGGUGUGGCCGCCUCCCUCCAAGAAUGACCAGAUGAAAUCUGAGCAGAUACAGCCGGAGUCAAAAGUUCAAAGAGCGGGAGGUCAGAAGGCUCCCCUGUGGCAACGCUGGGAGUCCGGCCUGAUCAACGGGCAGCCGCCGUCGAAGGAAAACAACUGACACCGGCUGUCCUGAUGUCUUCAACACUUCACAUGAAAUAUGAAAAUAAAAUGAUCUGCAAUGCUAGAGCUGCAUAAACCUAAAUGGAGAUGAAUCAAUAUAACCAAAACUCUGACAGUAGUUCCAGCUUAAAUUUGUUCUGGCUCUUCUAACUCUGCUUUGUAUCUGUGUCAAAUAUGCUUUUUUCUAUAACACUAGUUUUAUUCAACAGAUAAAUAAAGCAAAAGAAUC